GUAUAAAACCGAGAGGAGCAGCAACGAAGAGAUCAGUGUAACAACAUUUGGCGUUUACAAAGCUAAACUUGAGUGAUCGAAAAACGUUUUUAGCGGAUUUUUUUCAAGUGUAAGAAAAUAAGUAAACUUAUUAAACAACAAAAUGCCUUGCCCAUGUGGAAACGGUUGCAAAUGCGGAUCGGAACCUAAGACUGGCAAUUGCGGUUGCGGUUCGGCGUGCAAAUGCUGUCCCUGUGGAAGUGGUUGCAAAUGCGGCUCACAAACACAAAGUGGCAGUUGCGGUUGCGGUUCCAGCUGUAAAUGUGGUCAAUAAAAAUGCAUCAAAUAGUAUUUGUGCAAAUGACAGUACCUUAUUAAGUUUAAGCAUAAUGUAAUUUAUUUCUAUAAUUUAAUUUUAUGGUGUUCACUACACGUACAUACAUAAAAACCAAUAAACAUACACAUAGUACAAGUAUGUACGAGUAUAUUAGAAAAGUAUAAACGCUUGUACGCAGCACUAAAGUAAGCCUAUCACAUUUCUCUACAAAUAAAUAACAAAAAGAAAUUAA